AUGGAGUUGGCAUCGCAAUGGGUUUUCUGGCAAAACAGCAACGACGAGUCGAAUGCCAAAAGCUGGGGGGACGAUCUUGUGGCGGUUGGAGAGGUGUCAACGGUUCCCGAGUUCCUGUAUCUCUGUGACGAGAUAUCGAAUGCGGGGAUUGGUAGGCUGUGCACGAUGAAUUUGUUCAGAAAGGGAAUCAAGCCGAUGUGGGAGGACGAAGCGAAUAUAGACGGAGGAAGGAUUAUAAUGGACGUCCCCGUUUCUGGGAAGGACAAUGUUGGUGAGCUGUGGAAGAGGACAAUGGCAUUUUGCGUGUCGAACACUGUCGACAACAUAUGCGGAUGUGUGUUCAACGAGAAGCAGUCAUUCUAUAAGAUAGCCAUUUGGUUUGGGAAGGAUUAUAACCAGGAUGUCAUCAAAGACAUGUGGCAGGAGGCCCUUGGGCCUGGAAGGCUAUCCAUCUACUCGUUUCUACACAAGAAGUCAUUGGACAGCAGCAAGGGAAAGAAGAAGUGGGGAGGCAGAAGAUAA